UUUUCUUGUGAGAGCAAUCAAUCAAAUCAAUGUGGAAAAUACCUUACUCGUCCGGUUGUAGUAUUCAAAAGGGUUUCAAUCGUGAGGCCAACUGUGUUUAUGUUUAACUUCAAAUAACUUGGAACCAUGAUGAUACCACUCCUCAGAAAUCGCAAUUCCAAAUCUUGUUCAUCAAUUGCUUCAUACUUGACUCUCACUCUAAAUGCAAACCCAACACAAACCCGCAUGCUAUUGCUACCCAAUUCACCAAAACCUCUAUUUUCAUACAGGCCAUUCUCAACUGCAAAAAAUUCAGACCACGACGAACCAAUCCCAGCCGUCGACAGUAUCGAUGCAGGCUCUUCAAUCCGAAAACCCAUCAGCUUAUGGCCUGGAAUGUACCACUCACCCGUCACAAAUGCUCUUUGGGAAGCAAGGUCUAACAUUUUUGAUAAACCGGGGCCGGGGGACACUACCACUACUACUCCCCAGACCCAGAGCGAGUUGGUCACCAGAACUCCCGCGCAGAGCCGGACUAGUAUUCUUUACAAGUUUUCCACUGAUUUUGAACUCAGAGACCAAUACAGGAAUCCCUGGAAUGGGGUUAGGAUUGGCAAGUUGCUUGAGGAUCUCGAUGCUCUUGCUGGAACCAUUGCAUACAAGCACUGCUGCAAUGAAGAUGGCACAACAAGGCCUCUACUCUUGGUGACUGCUUCGGUCGACAAGAUGGUUCUCAAGAAACCUAUUCGUGAUGACAUAGAUUUGAGUUUAGUCGGCGCUGUCGCGUGGGUUGGCAGGUCAUCCAUGGAGAUUCAACUCCAAGUCACGCAAUCCAUGGAUGGAACUCCAUCUUCAUCAGAGUCCGUUGCUCUUAUAGCAAACUUCACAUUUGUGGCUCGUGAUUCGAAGACUGGAAAAUCAGCUCCUGUUAACCAAAUCACACCUGAGACUGAAAAAGAAAAGUUGCUGUGGGAAGCAGCGGAUAAAAGGAAUGAAAUGAGGAAAAAGAAUAGAGCAGAACAUAAAAUAGAUAUCGAGGAUAAGGACAAAAACAGACUCAAUGCCUUGUUAGCUGAAGGUCGAGUCUUUUGUGACAUGCCAGCACUGGCAGACCGAGAUAGCAUUCUUAUCAGAGAUACUUGCCUCCAGAACUCUUUUAUAUGCCAGCCACAGCAAAGGAAUAUCCAUGGUCGAAUAUUUGGAGGAUUUUUAAUGCGAAGAGCAUUUGAACUGGCAUUCUCAACAACUUAUGCUUUUGCUGGUUCAGCACCACACUUUCUAGAAGUCGAUCAUGUUGAUUUCGUUAGACCUGUGGAUGUAGGUAAUUUCCUCCGUUUGAAGUCUUGUGUUCUAUAUACAGAACUUGAGAACCCUUCUGAACCUCUGAUAAAUGUGGAAGUUGUUGCUCAUGUUACACAGCCUGAGCUCAGGUCCAGUGAGGUGUCUAACAAAUUCUACUUCACAUUUUCUGUACAUCCCGAGGCCGUGAAAGAUGGUGUCCGGAUUCGCAAUGUUGUUCCCGCUACAGAAGAGGAAGCACUGCGUGUGAUUGAACGUAUGGAUGCAGAGAACUCCCAUAUUGCUGCAUCAUGAAUAUGCAUGGAAAGCAAGCAUUAGCGGAAAUCAAACAGCUCCAGUCAAGUGAUGUCAUUCUUAAGUAAACUUGGCCGGGACAGAUUUUGUUAUGCACUCUCUGUGUUCGUAUUAAAAGCUCCACUUCUUUUCCUUGAUUUCCCUCGAAUAAUGAUAUUCGUAUUUAGCAAUU